UUCUUUGAAUGGUUUAGGAAAAAGAAGUAUUCAAAUUUGAUUAAAAUGUUGCUUUUAGUAGACUUGAAAAUCCAAAAAUUAGAAUUUUUGAUAAUGGGUCUAUGAAACCAUCAAUUAAAAUGAGAGAUAGAUAGAUAGAUAGAUGGAGAGAUUAAACUAUAUUUAUUAAACGGUCCAAUGCUGCCAUCUAGGGACUAAAUUUCACCUCUAAUGCUCAUUAUGAGAGCAACAAAUGCUGUACAGAUAUACGUCUCGAUUAUGACUUUAUACAUAUUUAGAUACUAAAAUGAAUAGCAUACAUCAUGCCACAGGGUUACUGAGAGCCACUCGAACUAUUCUAACGUCCCGGUGCUCUGGGUUCACAGAGGUCACGCUGGCACCAUGUGACUCGGUUUCGACAGUCCAUCAAAUGUUUGGUAUCGACAUAUUGUCUUCGUGUAAUGUGUCAUGUGACGGCGCAGAGGUACUUUGGGUUCGGAGCUCCACGGUUAAUCGUCCCUGUGAGUAGGGGUGAAUGUGGAACACGUCGCUGCUGAUGUGACACGAUCAGUGUUAUUGUUAUCGUCUUAUGACUCCACAAAUCUUUUCUUACAUCACGUGCCUUCCAUGUGCGGCCAUCUAUUGACAAAACGUGUAGGGUAUGGGGCAUUUCAGGACAGGAAUGUCAAUUUAAAUCAUAGGGGAAAGGUCAUUUUAACACAUUUUUUUUUAUGUCUGCGUGUUAGUUCCCGAGCUUGGCUUCAUGCUUGGAAAUUUAAAUCCAGCUUCUAAAUGGCCCCAUGCACUGCGCGUCUGGCGCUGCGGAGCUUGCAGGGUCGUGCAUUGGACUGCAUGUGCGCUAUCCGGUGUUUUGAUGUCUCGACCUGUGGAAGGAGAAAAAGGGGAGCCUCGGUUUGUCACCUCGACACAUCGUAGCUGACUGACCGAAGCCCCACACUUCCGACAGCUUCUUCAAUACACUUCCACUGUCCACGGUGUGUUUUGUUUCCCCCCCUCUGACGCGCACCGGGAGGCAGCGAGCGGCGGAGGAGGAGAGGAUGUUUCACAGACCGAAGUGUGAGGAGAGGGUGACGACUGUUGCUUUACCUGCCAGGUCAUUAGGGUUGUGCAUGAGUCCAACUGUGUUAUUGAACUUGUGGAAUUCAUGCUGGACAGAACAGAACGUUAUGAAAUCAAACACAUCUCAUUCACAUAUAAGCCUCCAGCGUCGUCGCCAUGUCAACUGGAGGCCUUAUCCAACUGGUCUUCAGAGAGUCAUAUUUUUUAAACAAAUGGUAUAUUGUCAUUUUUUGAAUCUUUCUGUUCCCCCUCCCCACAAUGUUGGAAGUGACUUGUAUGCAGCAUAUCGUUUUAGAUGCGGAGCUUUACUGGGGGAUGUCGGAGCAUGUGUGACCAUGGUCGCUGCUGCUGCUGCACGUUAUAGGACAAGCUCCCGUCUUGGAUAAGUGCGGGCACAUUAAUGGCUCUUCGCGGGACCGCACAUGACACCUAUUAGCCGGACGGCCGUUCACAGGUGAGUGACACAUCAAAGGCACGCGCUUCAUGGGCGCGGCGCGGGCCGAUGGGGGUCGUUCUUGUGUCUGUCAAGCAAAGUAUAAAAGCUCCAACCAGAGCCAAUGCGUGUUCACCAGUGUCAAGGAGACGCAUCUCGGACGUACCCGGGGGAACGAAUACUCUGGAGAGAAAAACAAAACAAAUCAAAACAAUGGCAUUCGGUUCGGAUUUCACUGGCGCUGACGUUUCUGAGAUGAACUCGUUUUACUCGGGACAUUACUGGCCCGCUUCCUGCCUGGAUGUAAACAACAGCAAGAACAACGAGGAUUACGCACAGGAGUCCAACAGAGUCCACCACGAGGCUGCUGCCCGGAGGACGUGCUCGGACACCCGGCGCCGCCGGAAGCGCACGACUUUCACCAAGGCGCAGGUGAGCGAGCUGGAGAGGGCCUUCUCCAACACGCACUACCCGGACAUAAAGAUGAAGGAGUCCCUCGCCUCUCUGACGCGUCUACCAGAGUCUAAGAUUCAGGUCUGGUUUCAAAACCGACGCGCGCGAUAUUUCAAGAGCAAGAAACCAAUCAGAGCAGUGGCCGAAGGCACCGCGGACUACUUCCAUCCACAGUUCACCUUCGCCCCUGCUCCCAGUCCUCCGCUGGUCCGGCAGCCCCCUGCGUUCUCUCCCAUUCCCCGCAGCCCACCGUCCCCCCCGGGCUACCCUGCUCCAAGUUCACCCCAGUCCACCAGGCUCUCGGCCAUCCUGGGGGGUCAGGCCACGUCCCUACCCGCGCCCACAUCCCCCGUCGCCGCUGACCGGGCUCCACCCUGCUCGCACCAUGGACUACUGGGUCUCCCGGGAGUUCCUCAAGACCGUGACUACUACCGAGCCCCAGACUUCACCGAUUACUGCCACGCCGACGCGUUCGCGCACAGUGGCCUCGGCGAGUGGGACCUCACACAGGCCUGCGCGUCUUUCCUCGGAGACGCACGGGGAUCCCGGCCCGAGGGCAGCCGCUGCGCUGCCGUCGCUCACCCGGGGUCCGAGGAGAGCGAGUCCCCGGACGACCUGUCCGACAUGUGCUUCCAGGACCUGGGCGACUUCAACCCGUCGGAUUUGGAAAUUUCCGCGGCAAUGAUCGAUUAUCUCUUAGGGUGACCGGUACAAUUCGAUGUUUGGAGGAAAGUUGGACAUUUCUUAUGACUGCAUUGUAAAUAAUAGGCCUAUAGAGCAUUUAUGGAGACAUUGUUUUAAAGCGAAGACUACAUUAAUACAAAUGUAUACAACUAUUCAGAUCAUGCUUUUAAUCUGCACAUGGUAGUGUAUUCUAUGAGCAUUGCAAAUAAAAAUCUUAUUUUC